CUGACCCUGAUAGUAAGGUCGUAAGUAGAGCAGCAUGAGCAGCAUGCCCAACAGCUCGCAAUUCCAUUCCCACCAGCACCACCUGCUGCUGGUGCUGCCAGUAAUCCUAAUCCUAGUAGUAGUCAGCCCCUUGCUUGCCGCCGCGGCUGAAGCUCAAGGGCAGCAGCCGAUGGCACGUCCGGGUUGCCCCGACAAGUGCGGCAACAUGAGCAUCCCCUUCCCGUUCGGCAUCGGGAAGCCUGGCUGCUUCCGCGAGGGCUUCCAGGUCCUUUGCAACCACUCCUCCGAUUCGGAUCCCCCUCGCGCCUUCCUUGCUGGCAGCACAAGAUUCAAGGGCAACCACUCCUACCAAACGGAGCCCCCUCGCGCCUCCCUUGCUGCCAGCAGAAGAUUCAACGGCAACGACUCCCAGAUCUACAGUGGUUCUGAGUGGUCGUCGUCGUUGGAGCUGGUGAGCAUAUCAGUCGCCACGGGCGAGGCACGAGUGUACGCCCCGAUCGCGUACAGCUGCAACACAAAUCGCAACGAGUCCUUGUUCAGGGAUCAGCACAUCGAUUUCUCCUACACGCCCUUCGCCGUGUCGGCGACGCGUAAUGUUCUCAUCGCCGUCGGCUUGGAAGCCGAGGCUCAACUGAUAUUCUCUCUGUUUACCUACCAAACCCCUUUCACUUGCCGUGCACAAGAUUUCGACCGCACGCCGCUCGCGAGGAACGGGUCGUGCAAGGGGUUGAGCUGCUGCGAGCAGACCCUCCCGGCCGACCAGGGCUCCGGCAGGUUUUCCAUGUUGUGGGUCAACCCCGUGCACGACCACUUUAUCUGGGAAACCACGCCCUGCUCCUACGGCAUGCUGGUGGACAAGUCAUGGUACAACUUCUCUACGCCCGACAUGUACGGCGACAAGACGCUACUCAAAAGGUUCCCCCGGGGCGUCCCCUUGGCGCUUGAUUUCGCCGCCGGGGACACUUGGUGCCCGGUGGAAGGACAGCCGCUGCCUCCGCACUACGCCUGCGUCAGCGGCAACAGCUCCUGCGCCAACGUGACAAUAGAAAUAGAUAGUCCAGGCUAUGUCUGCAAGUGCUGGGACAAUUACACUGGCAACCCUUACAUCGCUCACGGAUGCCAAGACAUUGAUGAAUGCAAGUUCCCGGAAGUGUAUCCCUGCUCAAAUGGCGGGAUCUGCAAAAACAGGCCCGGAGGCUAUGACUGUCCAUGCAAAUUCGGAAUGAAAGACGAUGGCAAAGGGGGGGCCUGCACAGAUGUAUUCCCCCCAGCAGCAAAGCAGGCGACUGUGGGUGUAAUAGGUGGUAUUCUUCUCAUGGUGAUUCUGUGGUUUACUGUUAUUCUUCGCAAAGAGAAAAAGAAGACAAAAGAAUUCUACAAAAAGAACGGCGGCCCGGUAUUAGAGAAAGCAAAAGGCAUUAAAAUUUUCAAAAAGGGGGAGCUCAAGCCAAUUUUAAAGAAUAGCAACAUAAUUGGAAAAGGUGGAUUUGGUGAAGUUUACAAGGGCCUUCUUGACAAUAAAGAAGUUGCAAUAAAGAAGCCGAUCAAUGGUAGCGUGCGAGAGAAUGAACAAUUUGCAAAUGAAAUCAUCAUCCAAUCUCAAGUCAUCCACAAGAACAUUGUUAGGCUCAUUGGUUGUUGCCUUGAAGUUGAAGCCCCCAUGCUGGUCUACGAGUUUAUCUCCCAAGGUAGCCUCCAUGACAUUCUUCACAACAAGAAUAACAAGGCGGCUCUCAACUUGGAUGCACGUUUAAGUAUCGCUGCACAGUCAGCGGAUGGUCUAGCUUAUAUGCACUCACAAGCAAACACUAGAAUUCUACACGGUGAUGUCAAACCAGCAAAUAUACUCUUGGAUGAUAACUUUAUAGCCAAGAUUUCAGACUUCGGCAUAUCUAGGCUGCUUGCGAGAGACGAGGAACACACUGCAUCAAUCAUCGGCGACAUAAACUAUAUGGAUCCGGUAUAUCUACAAGAAGGCCUACUAACCGAAAAAAGUGAUGUCUACAGUUUCGGAGUUGUGAUCCUGGAGCUUAUCAGUGGCAGGAGGGCCAUACACUCUGAGAAUAAUAGCUUGGUAAAGAGUUUCCUUGAAGUCCAUAAGGAACAGAAGAAAGCGACCGAACUUUUUGACAAGGAAAUUGCAAUAGCAGAAGAUUUAGAGCUUCUUGAUAGUCUAGCAGGUAUGGCCAUGGAAUGCCUUAGCCUUGAUGUAGAUCAAAGACCAACAAUGAUGGAGGUAGCUGGGCAACUACACAUACUGAGUCGAUCUCGUAAGGUGCAAGACGUUUGACAAAAUUAAUCCUUAAGGAGGUGUCUUUUGGUUAGGAGAAAAUUUGUAACUGCAUUUCUAAGGUAGCCGAGUGUUUGUGCACUGCAUUUGUAACCGUAUUUCUAAGGAGGCAGUACGCUUGUAUGCUGCAUU